AUGAGUAACUCACUUAAUUUGAAACAAGCUAAAAAUUUAAAUAUUGCUUUUACAAAAAUAUUUCUAUCAUAUAGUAUUGCCUUGGUAAUCUUGUGUUUGAGUCCUGCCAAUGGGCAGCUCAGUUCGACAUUUUACGAUAAGACAUGUCCCAAGGCAAUGUCGACAAUCAAAGCUGCUGUAAAACAAGCCGUCGCCAUGGAAAAACGCAUGGGUGCAUCGUUGCUCCGCCUUCACUUUCACGACUGUUUCGUUAACGGGUGUGAUGGGUCAAUUCUGUUGGACGACACACCAAACUUUACUGGAGAAAAAACUGCGGUUCCUAAUAAUAAUUCUGUGAGAGGAUUCGACGCGGUAGACACCAUCAAGUCUCAAGUGGAAGCAGCUUGCACCGGAAUUGUUUCUUGUGCCGACAUUUUAGCCAUUGCUGCUCGUGAUUCAGUUGUUGAAUUGGGAGGGCCAACAUGGACCGUACAGCUUGGGAGAAGAGACUCGAGAACUGCAAGCCGGAGCGCCGCAAACCGCAAUAUCCCUCCACCCACAUCCAGCCUCGCCGCACUCAUCUCAUCUUAUGGUAAUCAGGGUCUUUCUACAAAGGAUAUGAUAGCUCUUUCAGGUGCUCAUACAAUUGGUCAAGCGCGGUGCACAAACUUCAGAGCCCACAUCUACAAUGAAACCAACAUAAACAGUGCCUUUGCCACUUCACUGAAGGCUAACUGCCCAAGCACUGGUGGUGACAAUAAUUUGUCGCCCUUAGAUGUUCAAAGUGCCACCGUCUUUGAUAACCAAUACUACAUAAAUCUUAAAAGUCAGAAAGGACUUCUUCACUCCGAUCAGCAGCUAUUCAAUGGAGGCUCUGCUGAUUCUCAGGUGACUACCUUUUCUACCAAUCAAAAUGCCUUCUUCGGUGAUUUUACAGCUGCCAUGGUGAAAAUGGGAAGCAUAAAACCUCUAACUGGUAGCAAAGGAGAAGUCAGAAAGAACUGCAGGAAACCCAAUUAG